AUGAAGGGUGCCAAUGCCACCAACGCUGGCGGCGAUCAAGCUACGACAGAAAAUGAACCGAAACAUACAUGCGUCAUUGCCGGCGUGAACUCCCUCUAUAACACCCAACUAGCGCGGCGGCGGCGAAUAGACUACCAGGAGGCCGCUGAGUAUCGUGUUGUUGAGUCUGGUGGGGCCGCUCUCAUCCCGACCACACCAAACACUACCGCAGUAGCUGGGGUCACAGGGAAGUUUCGACGGCCCGUUGGUGCUCGUUACGAUGCAUUUGCAUCAAAGGAUAUUGACGAGGAAUUGUCCACUUUGUGA